AUGGAAGAGAUAAGUCAAGGUGUUGGUAAAAUAGUUGAACUGGUUAAUGAAGGAGAAAUUGGAGAAAAUUACUUAAUUGAAUAUCUUCAAGAAUGUACAGAAAAAGAAGAGAGGGAAGGAGUAAUAAAUAACCUAAGAGGGAAUGAAGCAUUCAAGAAAAAAAAGAUGUGUUUAUACAACAAAUGUACUGUCAUUAAAAUUUUAGUUGGAUGGAUGAAAGAAGCAACAGAAAAAGGAGAAAGUAUUGAACCUAUUGUAAGAGUAAUUGGACAAGAGUUUAAGAAAGAUAAUAAAGACAAACUAAAAGAUGUAGCAAGAGAAAUGAAAAAAAUGAAAGUCAAAGAAGAAGAAGAAUAUUUUAUUGAACAACUUACAAAUCCAAUUAUUGGAGAAGAACUUAAGAAAGAAGAAGAAAAAAAGAAAAGGGAAGAAGAGAAGAGAAAGAAAAAAGAGGAAAAGAAAGAAAAAAAGAUAGAAACCGUAGACGAGGGAAGUAUUUUUAAAGCACCUAAAGAAGAAGAAAAAAAGAAAGGGAAAAAAAGACUUGUAUAUUCAGAUGAUGAUGAUAUAGUUGAUUUUGAAAAGAAAGAAAGAAAAAGAGAAGUAAAAGAUAAUAAAAAUAUGGGAGAUAUUAUAGUAAGUUUAGAUGAAAUAAAACACAAAAAGAAAAUACAAGAAAUAGGAGCUAGAAAAGAUGUUGAUUUAGAAGAAGGAGACUUUUUUAAUGAAGACAUGACUAUUGAGAAAUAUCAUAAACCAAAUCCAUAUCCAAAAGGUAUAAUUUGUGUUGAAUUUGGAAAAGAAAGUAAAACAAAAAAUAUUCCAUUUCAAGAAAAUUUAGGAAGUGUUGUUAUUACUAAAAAGAGUUAUUUUGAAAGUGAUGGACAACCUAGUUUAGACAAUGGAGAAUAUUGGGAUCAAAUUAUGUCAAGAAUUUCUAGAGCUGAAGAAAACCAAUAUCAAAAUAUAUUUAGUGAUCAAUCUGAACAUGAAACAAGAUAUGAAAAUGAUACUAUUCAUAAUGAAAUAGAAGAUAUUGAACAAAUAAGAAAUCAUCAAAAUCAAAUUUUCUAUGAAUUUAAUGACUUUGAAGAUUUUAAAUGGAUUUUAACAGAAACAAAUGAAAAUACAAAUAAUGUAAUCAAAAGAAAGAAAGAUGAAAUUUAUAACCCAACAACAUUUUCCAGAAUAGGUUAUCAAAAUUAUAUUUGA